GAAUCAGUCGCUUUCAUUUUCAGUGGAAGGGAGGAGAUUCUCUCUUCGCCGCCAUUUUUAGAGAAACUUUGCUGGCUGCUGCCUGACGUUAGCAGCUAGCGGGUUUGGCCAGCCAGCCAGCUCCCAGUGACAGUUAACGCUUGGCUGUCGUUAGCCAGCUCGCAGCUUAGAUAGCCUUGCUUUGCUUAAACUUGUUGUUAUUCCUGCCGCCCGUGCCCGCCAGCACAGGCGAAAAGACACGAAUAUCGUUAAUGUGGAGAAAUAGGGAAGACUUGAAGCCAGCUAGUCUGUUCUGUGUUUGGGUAGGGCAGUUAUGCGGUUUGGUUAGCGAAUUAGCAUUGCUAUCUUUACAACUAGCAAAAUUCCCACUUUGAUUUCUCUGAACUGCAUUGGCUGUCUGUGAUUUUUAGCCACCCCAGGCUGCUGCGGGCAGGGUGACUGAAUUGUUCACCUAAUAACUCAACUCAUGUGGAUUUCCCCAUUUACUUGGUGCCCAUGCGCUGACCUCCUCAGGCUCCCACAUAGCUGCAAAUGAAUCUUCAGCUGCUUUGGUAUAGCUCUGCGCCCAGAUAGUCCCAUCCCCUCUGUGCGGGCGAUACGGGACUACGUAGACCAGGAUGCCUUCCUCUGUGAGGGCGGGGAGCCUGAAGGAUCCGGACGUGGCCGAACUGUUCUUCAAGGAAGAUCCAGAGAAGCUUUUCUCUGACCUCCGAGAGAUUGGUCAUGGCAGCUUUGGGGCUGUCUAUUUCGCACGGGAUGUGCGAACAAAUGAGGUGGUGGCAAUUAAAAAGAUGUCCUACAGCGGCAAACAGUCUAACGAGAAAUGGCAGGACAUCAUAAAGGAGGUGAAGUUUCUCCAGAGGAUCCGACACCCUAACAGCAUAGAAUACAAAGGAUGCUACCUUCGUGAGCACACAGCAUGGCUGGUGAUGGAGUAUUGCCUUGGCUCAGCCUCUGACCUGCUUGAAGUCCAUAAAAAACCUUUACAAGAAGUUGAGAUUGCUGCCAUUACACAUGGUGCUCUGCAGGGGCUGGCGUACCUUCACUCCCACAACAUGAUCCACAGGGAUGUGAAAGCGGGUAACAUCCUGCUGACUGAGCCUGGCCAAGUCAAGCUGGCAGACUUUGGCUCCGCCUCCAUCGCCUCACCUGCCAACUCCUUUGUGGGAACGCCAUAUUGGAUGGCCCCGGAGGUGAUUCUAGCUAUGGACGAGGGCCAGUAUGACGGGAAAGUGGACGUCUGGUCCUUAGGCAUUACCUGUAUAGAAUUAGCGGAGAGGAAGCCGCCAUUGUUUAAUAUGAAUGCAAUGAGUGCCUUAUACCACAUAGCGCAGAAUGAGAGCCCCACACUGCAGUCCAGUGAAUGGACGGAUUACUUUAGAAACUUUAUUGAUUCUUGCCUUCAGAAAAAUCCUCAAGACAGGCCACAUUCUGACGACAUGUUGGGUCACGCGUUUCUCCAGCGUGAGCGUCCAGACUCUGUGUUGAUGGAUCUCAUUCAGAGAACCAAGGAUGCAGUUCGGGAGCUGGACAACCUGCAGUACCGCAAGAUGAAGAAGAUCCUCCUUCAGGAGGCUCACAAUGGGCCCACCACUGAAGCCCAGGAUGGAGAUGAGGACCUGGAGCUCGGCGGAGGUCGCACAGGAACGGUGAACAGCGUCGGCAGCAAUCAGUCCAUCCCCAGCAUGUCCAUCAGCGCCAGCUCCCAGAGCAGCUCUGUCAACAGCCUGAACGAAGCAGCACAGGACAGCCGCAGUGAGCUGGACCUGAUGGACGGAGACCACACGGUCAUGUCCAACAGCUCCGUGAUACAUGUCAAACCGGAGGAAGAGGAGAGUCUUUCUGGGGAGCAGGCAGCCAGCAGUCAGCCCACUGAGCCACAGCCGGCACCGGCUCAGGCCCCGAGGAAGCACUACCGCAACAGAGAGCACUUUGCCACCAUACGCACAGCGUCACUUGUGACGCGUGAGAUGCAGGAACACGAGCAGGACUCAGAGCUACGGGAGCAGAUGUCGGGUUACAAACGGAUGAGAAGGCAGCAUCAGAAGCACCUGAUGGCCCUGGAGAACAAGCUGAAAGGAGAGAUGGAUGAGCACCGGCUGAGGCUGGACAAGGAGCUUGAGAGUCUGAGGAACAAUUUCACUCAGGAGAUGGAGAAGCUGCUGAAGAAACACCAGGCUGCACUGGAGAAAGAUCUGAAGACCUUUGCCAACGAUGAGAAGAAGUUCCAGCAGCACAUCCAGGUUCAGCAGAAGAAGGAGCUGAGCAGCUUUUUGGAGUCACAGAAGCGAGAAUAUAAACUACGCAAGGAGCAGCUAAAAGAGGAACUUAGCGAGAACCAGUCAACUCCCAAAAAGGAGAAGCAGGAGUGGCUGUCUAAACAGAAAGAAAACAUUCAGCACUUUCAGGCGGAAGAAGAGGCCAACCUUCUGAGGAGACAGAGGCAGUACCUGGAGCUGGAGUGUCGGCGGUUCAAACGUAGGAUCCUCAUUGCCAGACACAAUGUGGAGCAGGAUUUGGCAAGAGAGGAGCUGAACAAGCGGCAAACACAGAAGGACUUGGAACAUGCGAUGUUGCUCAGGCACCAUGAGUCCAUGCAGGAGCUGGAGUUCAGGCAUCUGGCGACCAUCCAGAGGGCGCGCGCCGACCUGAUCCGGACCCAGCACCAGACGGAGCUCACCAACCAGCUAGAGUACAACAAGAGGAGGGAGAGGGAGCUGAGGCGCAAGCAUGUCAUGGAGGUCCGGCAGCAGCCCAAGAGCCUCAAGUCCAAGGAGCUUCAGAUCAAGAAGCAGUUCCAGGAUACGUGUAAGACGCAGACCCGGCAAUACAAGGCCCUCAGGAACCACCUCCUGGAGACCACGCCCAAAUCUGAGCACAAGGCCGUCCUGAAGAGGCUGAAGGAGGAGCAGACCAGGAAGCUGGCCAUCCUGGCCGAGCAGUACGACCACUCCAUCAACGAGAUGCUCUCCACCCAGGCGCUGCGGCUGGACGAGGCUCAGGAGGGCGAGUGUCAAGUUCUGAGGAUGCAGCUGCAACAGGAGCUGGAGCUUCUCAAUGCCUACCAGAGCAAGAUCAAGAUGCAAACAGACGCGCAGCACGACAAGGAGAGGCGGGACCUGGAGCAGCGGGUGUCGCUGCGGAGGGCGCUGCUGGAGCAGAAAAUUGAAGAGGAAAUGCUUUCCCUCCAGAACGAGCGCUUGGAGCGAAUCCGCUCACUGCUGGAGCGCCAGGCUCGGGAGAUCGAGGCCUUCGACUCGGAGUCGCUGCGGCUGGGCUUCAGCAACAUGGUGCUCACCAACCUGGCCCCAGACUCCCAAGGAGGCUGGGGGGGCGGAGGUGGUGGAGGAGGCCAAGGAGGUCAGGGGGGAAGCCAGUGGCCCGGAGGUGGUGGAGGAGGCAGCCAUCACAGUCACCACCAGGGGGGCUCCAGUUCGCAGCAGCCCUGGGGCCACCCCAUGCUUGCAGGUGGCCCGCCGCCCUGGAGCCUCCACCAUCCCGGAGGAGGGAGUCAGAGAAGUAGUCAGGGAGGCGCAGGAGGGGUGAGGAACAGCCCGCAGGCUAUGAGGAGGACGUCAUCGGGGGGGAGGAGUGAACAGGGCAUGAGCAGGAGCGCCAGCAUCACCUCUCAGAUCUCCAACGGUUCCCACCUGUCAUACACCUAAAAACACAAGAAACACAGUCACUGUAACUAAAACACACACACAAAAACACGCACACUCACAAAGUGCAUAGCACAGAUAGGUCAUAUCCCACAAUGCACCUGACCAUGCAGACUGGUGAGACUGGCCAGUCUUUGGAAACCCAUCAGAGCUGAAACCAAGCUGCAGCUUCUGAAUGCCAUUCCCAGUGUGCCACUGCAGCCAAUCAGCUCCAUUCAGCUCAGUCUGCGUUGCCAUUCAGCCGCCAUUUUCACCAUAGAGUUUCACCAGAGAGGUCAGUUUGCAGCAGGUUCUAUUAUUUGUAAGGGACUAGUUGAUUGAGGCAGAAGUUUGCACAAUAAAUCUUCUCGUGAGGAAAAAGUUGCUGCUUUAACUGGAGUUACAUAAAUCCUUGUGAGAUCCGGUCAAAACACUCAAAAAGACUGAAGUUAUUGACGUGCUCUUAGAUAAAUGUUUGGAAGGCAGAAGAGUCGACAGAGUAGAGAAAAUUUAAAGGAGGGAAAAAAUGAAAGUCGUGUGUUGGUAUCAACUGGGGAAUUUUCUAUGCAGACAAGUCUGUGGAAGUUUGGAUUUACUUUAAGCAUUUUCCAGAUUUAAAGAAGUAAAAAAGCUUUGAAAAAUGUUUGAUUUUACAGAUUUUAUUCCAUGUUCUGUUUUCUGCAAGAUAAUUAAGAAUUGAAGUUCAUAAAAAACACUUACGUUGAUUUUGAUUACAUUUACAACUUGAAUUGUUAAUCAAUUUGAUUUUCAUGGCCUUAUGAAAUAAUCAAAAUCAAUUAAAAGUUAUUUCCUUAAACUUCUGUUUUUCUAAAAGCAACUAGAUAAAAAAAAAACUCUAAAAGAAAUAUAGGGGAUUACAAAGAGCCAGAGAUUUAUAGGUUAAAA